CUCACCUCUUCUCCAGCCUCGUUAGCUCCAAGCUCCUUAGCAUCCUCAAACAGAAACCUCGAAGGCUGGGAUGGGGUCAGCGCCCUGAAGCCAGCCCCCUCUCUUUUGCCAAGAUCUGCCUCUGUGCAGCCCUGAGAGGGCAGCCAAAGGCUGCAGCUGGAGUCCUGAGCCCGAGAUGGAGCCCUGGCUGGGACCUGAGGCUGCCGCCCUCCGCCCAGGCUGGCCUGCCCUGUUGCUGUGGGUCUCAGCCCUGCGCUGUUCUGUCUCCUCGCCGGCUUCUCCUUCUCCUUCUCUGGUGCCCCGAGUCAGAACCAGCUACAAUUUUGGAAGGACUUUCCUCGGUCUUGAUAAAUGCAAUGCCUGCAUCGGAACAUCUAUUUGCAAGAAGUUCUUUAAAGAAGAAAUAAGGUUUGACAACCGGCUGGCCUCCCACCUCAGACUGCCUUCCGGCUACUUGCCUUCUUACUCUGCAAAUUACUCCGAUGAUUCCAAAACCUGGCGCCCUGUGGAGGUCUCAAGGCUGGUCAGCAAACAGCAAAACGAAAUUUCGGACAGGAGAAUCUGUGCCUUUGCAGCAGCCCCAAAGACCUGCAGCAUUGAGCGCGUCCUGCGGAAAACGAGGAGAUUUCAGAAAUGGCUGCAGGCCAAGCGCCUCACCCCAGACCUGGUGCGGGGUCAGCACUGCCUCCCUACCAAGAGGCUUCUGGGAAGGUCAGUGGUCCAGAGUGAUGCUGUGUCUAAGGCCCCCAAAAUGGCACUGGCUGCAGUGGAGACUUUCUGCACACGAUCAUUUAUUCAGAUUCAGCAGUACCUGUGGCACUUUCCAAUUCUGAGGACAAGACAGUGGACAGGCCUGCCCAGUCCCCUCCUGCGCUGUCCGUCGCAGCGACUCCUGGACCGUGUGGUCCGGCGCUACGCUGAGGUGCCCGAUGCUGGCAGCAUCUUCAUGGACCACUUCACCGACCGCGACAAGCUGCGUCUACUCUACACGCUGGCUGUCAACGCGCAUCCCAUCCUCCUACAGAUCUUCCCUGGCGCAGAGGGAUGGCCGCUGCCCAGGUACCUGGGCUCCUGUGGCAGAUUCCUCAUCAGCACCAGCACCAGCCCGCUGCAGGAAUUCUACAGUGCACCCCCAGACCAGGCAGCCGACCUGGCCUAUCAGCUCCUUGGUGUCUUGGAGUCUCUGAGGAGCAACGAUUUGAACUACUUCUUCUACUUCACCCACGUUGAUGCGGGCAUGUUUGGCAUCUUUAACAACGGGCAUCUGUUCAUCCGGGAUGCCAGCACACUGGGCGUCAUCGACAGGCAAGAAGGCAGCCAAGCAGCCGCCAGGGCAGGAGAGAAUAAAGACAUCUUUAGCUGCCUGCUUUCUGACUGCCAGGCCGAGCUGCCCUCCUGUGACACCGUCCCUGAGAAGCAGAGCCUGGUGCUGGUGUGUCGGCAGGUGCUGCCUCGACUUCUCCAGGGGAAGUUCCCCUCCCCAGUGCAGGAGGAGAUAGACGCCAUCCUCACUUGGUGUGGGGAGGAUACCCGCCCAGAUGCCGAAGUCCUUGGGGCCGCCAGCCGGCUGAAGGACAUUUUGAGACCCCUGAGAACCUGUGACCCCAGAUUUGCCUACCGCUACCCAGACUGCAAGUAUAAUGAUAAGUUCUGAGGGGCUGCAGCCUCGCUGGCCUCCAGGGACAACAUCCUUGGCCCUCUCUUCUCUGGUUGGGCUGCUGCAAGGUUGAAAGAAGCAGCUCCAUUGUAGACAUUAGGAGAACUGCACCUUCAUUUCCCAGGGACUGAGGGAUACUCCAGCGACCAGAGGGCAGUCAUGUGAUACCGCGUGAGUACCCCCGCUGGCCGGGGCGCCAUGGAAGACCCAGGGGUGGGCAUCAGAAGAUCCUGGCAUGGACACUCCACCUCUUUGAGCCUCAGUUUCCUCUGUUCUCCACCAGACUCUUGAGUGAGUGAAAGAAGACAAAGAUAAGAAGGGCCAGGGACAAGACACAUGCUCCCUCUCCCCAGCCCAGGUGGUUACAAAGAGUGUUCCAGAAGCAUGCACAGGCAAGGCAAAUGAGCCAGAGCUGUGGAGGUGAGGACGCUGGUGUAGAGGGAAGGCGAGGCCUCUGGCCAGUAGCACGUUAGAGUUAGACAGGAGGAACCCCUUCCUGUUCCCUGUGCCCCUGCACUAGCCCUCCCGCCACACUCCCCACACUGCCACAAGGUGAGGAGAGUGCUGGCCAAGGGGACGUGUACACAGGACCAUGCCCUGCGUGCCUGGGGCCCCACAUGCAUGCAUGUGAGGCACUUCGUGGUGUGGGAAGGAGCCAGGAGUAAGGAAACGGGGGCGGGCUGGCGGCCAAUGCAUUCAUGCAGGUCCUCUGAGAAGCAGGUGUCAAGACAGGAUUAAAUGACCAAGGAUUGUAUUAAGGAAGCUGCCUGUGUGGAAGGAAAGGAGGGAGCUGGGAGAACCAGCAGGCCGUGCUGCAAGUCUGAGCCCCAGUGAGGCAGGGAAGGGCCUGUGGGAGCAUCUUGGCCUGCCCUCUGGAAGGUUCGGCAAGGCUGUCAGGGUGUCCUUGAGGCAAAGCCAGCGGUCAGAGGAGCCCCGAGCCUCCCAAGAAUGGACGGCCCUUAUAUCCCCGCUGCAGGGAAUAGACUGUGGGAAGCGUGGCCUCAGCCAAACCGCAAAGACGGAUUUCAAAGCUCAGCGCGGGGCACCUAGCCAGUUCUGCUCCCCGGAGUGGGAGGUCUGUGGGUAGAACAUUGUCAUUGUAGCCGCAGGCGGGAACCCAGGCCAGCUGUCUCCAUGCCGCGGCCUCCAGCACAGGCCUCUAAGCAGUCCAAGAAUUUUCAUUCAAACUUGGCCUCACAGGUCACUAAAAAAAUAUUUGUUUCAAGGUCAGCCAACAGAACAUAUUUUAUUCAACAAUUUGUUAGUUUGUUUUAGACCUUUUAAAUAUUUAGCCAUGGUAUGUGGGCCUCCAUGUUUAUUCUUGCCCCAGGCCCUCAAGCAUGAGUGGGGGGCUCUUUGGACUUUGCCCAGCCUCCCUGCCAGUCCUCUAUCCCCAGGGACCUCUCAGUCGGCCUCCUCUGUUCUACCUCUGAAUCACCACCUAUAGGUCAGAAUGCCCGGCUUAACAGGCUUCAUGCUGCAGAUGGGGAAACUGAGGUCCAGGGAGGAAGAAUGACUUGCUGGGACAGUUCCAGAACUCCUGCUACCAGUCCAUGCUCCUCUUGCCUUCCCCGUCUGUCUCUGACUUUUGCCCUGUCCUACCCAAUUCUCGUCCCUUCAUUCACAUUUAAAGAUAGGUCAAGAAAAGUCCUAUUUUGUGGGGCAGUAGGUUGCCUUUGGGGGUUGCUUUUGGACUGCUCUAGGCACUACCCCUGGGGCAAACAGGACAGUGAAGAUGACAGGCUAAGCUUCUGGAAGGGCAGCUUUGGGCUGCCUGAGAGUCUGUGAGACAGUUGCCUUCCUGGCCUGGCUGAGAGGGUGAGGAUUGGUCACCCCCGCAACACCUUGCUUUCAGCCCAGUGAAACUGAUCUUAGACUUCUGGCCUUCAAAACUGCAGAGGAUAAAUUUCCAUUAUUGUAAGCCACCCACUUCGGAGCAAUUUGCUACAGCCGCCACAGGAAACUAACACACACCGGGAACUCCAUCGUAAUGUCUGCUUCCAGAGGACCAGACCUGCAGUACUCCCCAACUCCAGUCUACUGUGAUGGAUUCAGAAGCCAGCCCCAAUGGAAGGGAGCGUGUUAUGCCUCUGUACCCAGUGCUGAGGCUUAGAUGGCUCUGUUCCUUCACUUCCUAAGUCCCAAGCAUCAUUUAAGACCCUGUCUGAGUCCUGCCUUGACCAGAAGCUUUUCCUGACAGCCCAGUCCCCGGCAAGCCCUUUCAGAAUCCCAUCUCUGUAAUCCCAAGGGUAUUCCAGAGACAUCUGUGUCUUAGCUUCCCAUCCAGCUGGGAUCACCCUGAGGAUGGCGGUGGCAUGGGGCCCUUUGUGUUCCCCAUAGCAACCAGUACAGGGCUGGGCACAAAGCAGCUGCUCAGAAAAUGUUCUUGCUGAGGAUAAUGACUGUGUACUUUAGCCCUUUUUCCUUGGUGUUUUUCACACACGAUGUGCCAUAGACUGAAUGUUCGUGUCCCCCCAAAAUUCAUAUAUUGAAAUCCUAACCCUUAACGUGAAGGUAUUAGGAAGCGGGGCCUUUGGGAGGUGCUUAGGUCAUGAGGGUGGAGCCCUCAUGGUUGGAAUUAGUGCCCUCAUGAAAAAGACUUCACAGAGCUCCCUGGCCCCUUCCACCAUGUGAGGACACGGUGAGAAGGCAUCGACUCUGAACCAGGAAGUGGGUCCUCACCAGACACCGAAUCUGCCGGCGCCUUGAUCUUGGAUUUCCCAGCCUCCAGA